CUUUCUCUUUUAUGCCUUUCUGUUUGGGGUAUAUUCUCCGGUUCGAUACUCUACGUAACAGAAACCAGCACCUAUAUCUGUCGAGAUUCUUCUCGGUUUCAUUACUUUGAAUUUCUCUCUAACAAGUCCCAGUUUAUUGCUUAACAUGUUUAAUGGAGAUUCCUAUGCAAUCAUGAACUGUGAUGGGGGUUUGUGAAUGGCUGUUGCAAUUGGUUUGUGUUUCCAAUGAGGAUGGUGAUGAAGAUGGUGGGUUAGGAGCUUGUUAAUUCAAUUAUUCAUUUACAUGGACAUCUUUUCAAUGUUUUCAUUGCUUUCACGAUUUUCCGGGUAGGAAGAUCAAUUAUGUCAUGGACUGAACGGAAUGAGCUUCUUCAAGGACCACAAUAGUGACUUGGCGUGAAGUACAAAGUUAUCUUGUUCUUGACAGUUUCUGGUGACAGCAUAUUUGUUUUUUAGUUGUGGCAUUAAGGCUUGAAGAUUUAAUUUAUGGAGGUGUCAGUCUCACCUCAAGGACAAAAGCAGAAUUUGCAGACUCCUGGUCGCAAAUCUUUGUCAAGUGGAUCCCAAAAAGAUCUGUGGCUUGUUGUGCAAGAAGGGUUGUUUGCCGAUGUAGAUUUGGCUUUGGCACUACUUAAGAAGAAUGGAGGUAAUAUCAAUGCGAGAAAUGUAUUUGGUCUGACUCCUCUUCAUAUUGCAACUUGGAGAAACCACAUUCCCACUGUUAGAAGGCUUCUUGCAGCUGGUGCAGACCCAGAUGCUAGGGAUGGAGAAUCAGGAUGGAGUAGCCUUCACAGGGCUCUACAUUUUGGUCAUCUUGUGGUGGCUAGUAUCCUUCUUCAAUCUGGUGCCUCUAUUACGUUGGAGGACUCCAAAGGUCGAACUCCAGUUGAUCUCAUAUCUGGGCCUGUGUUGCAGGCGGUUUGCAAUGAACAUAAUUCAGUUGCUACAGAGGUGUAUAGUUGGGGAAGUGGUGCAAACUAUCAACUUGGAACUGGGAAUGAACACAUACAAAAAUUACCACGCAAAGUUGACGCACUUCAUGGUUCUUUAAUCGUGUUGAUUUCUGCUGCAAAGUUCCAUAGUGUAGCAGUCAGUGCUCGAGGAGAGGUCUAUACAUGGGGAUUUGGAAGGGGUGGCCGCCUUGGGCAACCUGAUUUUGAUAUUCACAGCGGUCAAGCUGCAGUUAUCACACCCCGUCAGGUGACUUCUGGUUUAGGGUCCCGACGGGUGAGGGCAGUUGCAGCAGCUAAACAUCACACUGUUGUUGCUACAGAGGGCGGGGAAGUGUUCACCUGGGGAUCCAAUAGAGAGGGUCAGCUUGGCUACACUUCUGUGGAUACACAAUCCACACCUCGCAGAGUGAGUUCUCUUAGGUCAAAAAUUGUUGCUGUAGCUGCAGCAAACAAACACACUGCUGCAAUUUCAGAGACUGGUGAAGUUUUCACAUGGGGUUGCAAUAGGGAGGGUCAGCUUGGUUAUGGCACAUCUAACUCAGCGUCAAACUACACACCAAGAGUGGUCGAAUACUUGAAGGGAAAGGUUUUCACAGGGGUUGCGGCUGCUAAAUAUCACACAAUUGUCUUAGGAGCUGAUGGAGAGGUAUACACUUGGGGUCAUCGACUUGUUACGCCUCGACGUGUAGUUAUUGCUAGAAACUUAAAGAAAAGUGGGAGCACCACUUUGAAGUUCCAUCGCAUGGAACGGCUUCAUGUGGUUGCUGUUGCUGCAGGGAUGGUACAUAGCGUGACUCUUACAGAGGAUGGUUCACUAUUUUAUUGGGUCUCCUCUGAUCCUGAUCUUAGAUGCCAGCAGCUAUUUUCGCUGUCUGGAAGAAAUAUAGCAAGCAUUUCUGCAGGAAAGUAUUGGACUGCUGCAGUUACAGCAACAGGUGAUGUUUACAUGUGGGAUGGGAAGAAAGGUAAGGAUAAGCCACCUAUUGCAACCCAGUUACAUGGUGUAAAGAGGGCUACCUCAGUUUCAGUUGGUGAAACACAUCUAUUGAUUGUUGGUUCUCUGUAUCAUCCCGUCUAUCCACCCAAUGUGGCUAAGAGUCCUCAGAAGCUAAAGCCUAAUGUCAGGGAUGAGUCAGAGGAGUUUGACGAGGAUUUUAUUUUUGAUGAUAUGGAGUCCAACAAUCUGUUAUCCACCAUACAAAAAGAUGAUUUUGGGCGAAGACCCAUUCCAAGCUUAAAAGGCCUCUGUGAGAAAGUGGCAGCAGAGUGUAUAGUGGAGCCACGCAAUGCUAUACAACUGCUUGAAAUUGCAGAUUCACUUGGAGCAGAUGAUCUGAGAAAGCACUGUGAGGAGAUUGCUAUUCGCAACCUUGACUACAUUUUUAUGGUCUCAUCACAUGCUAUUGCAACUGCCACACCAGACAUUCUCGCUAACCUUGAAAACGUGUUGGACCGGAGAUCAUCUGAACCAUGGAGUUACCGUCGGCUCCCAACUCCGACGGCCACUUUUCCUGCAAUUAUUAAUAGUGAAGAGGAUGAUACUGAGAAUGAGAUUAUAAGGACUCGUAACUAUCACACAAAGAAAACCACCUUGAAAAGCAAAAAUGACCAAAGAUUAGACUCUUUUCUACAACCCAAAGAUAAUCCCAAUGAAGGUGUCUGUAAAGAAGUUCGAGCUUUGAGGAAAAAGUUGCAGCAGAUUGAGAUGCUUGAAGCAAAGCAGUCUAGUGGGCAUCAUCUUGAUGAUCAACAAACUGCAAAGCUUCAAACCAAGUCUGCUCUUGAGAGCUCGCUUGCCGAGCUUGGUGUUCCAGUUACACCACUGGUUAAAGCAUCAUGUUCAGUUUCACCAGAUGGAAAAGGCAACAAAAAGACUGAGGCGAGAAAACAGCGGAGAAAGAGCACACAGAGGGCAUCACAAGUGGAGACUGCAUCUGGUUUUUCUUGCACCAAAGUCAUUCCAAACGCAACAAAGGAUUUCUUGGGUGUUGGAAUUUCUCAGGUUUCCAAGAAUAAGGAGGGAGGUGUCGUGUGUGAAGAAAUUGUGGCGGGCCAAGCUGCUAAAGAGUCCACUUUUCGUGUUGAGGACAGUUUAGUCUUGCCAAAAGAUAAGAAAUUAUUACCAACGUCAUCCAAGAAGAAGAACAAGAAGGGAGGCCUUUCUAUGUUCUUGAGUGGUGCUCUUGAUGAUACCCAUAAAGACGUCGCUCCCCCUCCUCCAACACCCAAAACUGAGGGUCCUGCAUGGGGCGGGGCUAUAAUUUCAAAGGGACGCACUUCUCUUCGUGAAAUACAGGAUGAGCAGAGCAAAAUCAAGGUGAACCAACCAACCAGAUGCAAAGAUCAGGUGGAAGAUCUGUCUGAUGGUAGAAGUGAUGGGAAAAUCCUUUUGAGUUCAUUUUUGAAUUCCAAGCCAAUACCUGUUGUGGUCUCGGCUUGCACUUCGCAAGCAUCCGAUGGAGAGAGAAGCACGCCUCCUUGGGUUGCUUCUGGGACACCUCCCCACCUUUCUCGGCCAUCGCUUAGGGACAUUCAGAAGCAGCAGGAGGGGAAGCAACAGCAGAUUCUCUCCCACAGCCCCAAAACAAGAAUGACUGGAUUUUCAGUUGCUUCUGGUCAGGGCUCACCAUCAGAUUCCCCUGGAAUGAACCGCUGGUUCAAACCGGAGGUUGAUACACCCUCAUCCAUUCGUUCGAUUCAGAUCGAGGAAAAGGCUAUGAAAGACCUAAAGCGUUUUUACAGCAGCGUUAAGAUUGUCAAGAACCAGUCUUGAGAGGGCCAUGUUGUAUUUGCUUUAGCAGGUAGCAGUCCGGGCUCUUCUUAAUUUGUUGUUUUUGUUUUUUAUUCCGUUCAUUUAAUUCUCUGCUGUAAAAUUGACUGUACAGCUGAUCGACCUGUACAUUCAACUCUUUUGAUUUAUAGAGUAGUUCUCAAUCUUCUUCUCA